AUGGGAAACAUUGGCUUCCUCUUCCCUCUUGUGGUAGUUGUGGCGGUGGUGCGUAACUGUGUGGCUACUUUGUCAGCGGAAUCACCCAACACCACCACUGACCGAUUGGCUCUUCUUGGACUAAAACCUCAUGUCACUCACGACCCUCAAAACCUAUUAGCGACCAACUGGACAAGUGUUACCUCUGUUUGCAACUGGAUUGGUGUCACUUGCGGAUCUGAUCAUCAAAAAGUCAUUGCUCUUGAUCUUACUAAUAUGAGUCUUAGAGGCACCAUCCCACCUCACUUGGGAAAUUUAUCUUUUCUUUGUCAUCUUAACAUCCGAUUUAAUCAUUUUCAUGGCUCAUUGCCCAUGGAGUUGGCUAAUCUCUCUUCAUUGAAAUAUAUAAACUUUGGUCACAACAACUUCCAAGGGAAAAUCCCAUCAUGGUUUGAUUCCUUCACUCAACUUCAAAGCUUGUUUCUAUGCGAAAACAACUUCUUUGGUGUUAUCCCGUGUUCUUUGGGCUCUUUGUCAAACCUUGAGGUGUUGAUCUUGUAUAACAAUGAUCUGAAGGGGCAAAUUCCUAUAGCAAUAGAAAAUCUUUCCAACUUGAAAUGGUUGUAUUUGGACAAUAAUCAAUUUUCAGGUCAACUUCCAGCAGCGCUAUUCAAGUGCCGAGAGUUAGAAAUUUUAUCUUUAUCUAACAAUGCUUUGGAGGGAAUUGUGUCUCAAGAAGUCAGGAAUUUGACUAGAUUAAGUGAGUUGUACCUCAAUACUAACAACCUAAGAAGUAUGCUUAGUGUGGGCCUUCCUUGA